CCUCCUCGCUCUCGCCCUCCUCCUCGCUCUCGCCCUCCUCCUCGCUCUCCCCAUCACUUCCAACAGAAUGAGGACAGUCCCAGUCCAAAGCGUCAGAGACUAUCUGGCCAAUCAGUGCUGGAUCUCUCCACGGUGGCCCCACCCUCCAACCCCUCUCCACCAAUGAGGCCGUGGGAGCUGCCCCACAGUCGCAGACCUCCCCCUAACCCCCACCCCCAUUACCACCAGGAGCGCUGCCAUACACCUGUCAGACACAGACACAGUCCUCCAGCGCGUCGCCAGCGUGGCCGUCUCUCCCGCACCCCCCGUCACCUCCCCCCUCCUCCUCCCCACCACCCCUCCCCUCCUCCCCCCUCCAUCCGACUGGACCCCCAGGACCAAAGCUACCACUACCCCCACCCCCACCAGAGCUACUCUCACCCCCCUCCUCCCCCCUACGGCCAGCCCCCAGCCCCUGCCGGUGGGGGCGUGGAGGAGCCUCGAGCGUUCCACCCCCCUGCCCUGUCUCCACGGUUACUGCACCCCGCUGUCCAUCAUUCCCAUCAAGCAGCUCACCACCACACACAGCAGCAAGGAGCCAUGGUCAUGGACCUUCAGGAACAGGCCUCAGUCCCAGUCUCCUAUACGGUGACUCCUGUCCCUUCUCAUCAUGGUCUGGUAGCUCCUCUAUAUACAGGACAGCACCUCCCUCCUGUCUGUUCCUCUCAACAACAGAUCCCAGCAUGCAGUGUGGUCUUCAGUACAGGACAACACUACCACCCUAUACUGGGGGCGUGUUCGGUGCAGCAUUUACCUGUGCCCUACUCCUUUCCCUCCCUCCUCUCCAAUGAUCCUCCUUUCCUCCUCCCCCCCUCCCCACCUCUCUCACCCCCCCCUCACCUCCCUCCACCUGGACACUUCCUUCCCUUCCCGACACAACAGUCCAGAUCGCCGUUGCAGAGGAUAGAGAACGAGGUGGAGCUGCUUGGAGAGCACCUGUCUGUGGGAGGGGGGUUCAACUACCCUCAUGGAGGACACCACCCCUCCUCCCUGCCCCCCUCCACACCCCUCCAGUUCCUGUCUCAUCACGACUCCCUGUCACAGGAGCUGUUCGGAGUGCCGUACCCCCACUUCAUGCCUCGGCGAAUCACAGGGCGUCGUUACCGCUCCCAGCAGACCGUGCCCCCGCCCCCCUACCACCCAGGCUUCCUGCCUUACUUCCUGUCGAUGCUUCCAGUGGGUCCUACAGUCGGUCCUACCAUCAGUCUAGAGUUAGAUGUGGAUGAUGGAGAGGUAGAGAAUUAUGAAGCCCUGUUGAACCUAGCAGAGCGUCUGGGCGAGGCUAAACCCAGAGGACUGACCAAGGCUGACAUAGAACAACUUCCCUCCUACCGCUUCAACCCCAACAACCACCAAUCAGAACAGACACUGUGCGUGGUGUGUAUGUGUGACUUUGAGUCUCGUCAGCUGCUAAGAGUCCUCCCCUGUAACCAUGAGUUCCACACCAAGUGUGUUGACAAGUGGCUCAAGGCUAACAGAACGUGUCCCAUCUGUCGGGCGGACGCCUCCGAAGUCCAUCGGGAUUCUGAAUGACCUAUGACCUCGAGCCCCACAGAUCUAGGAUCCGCUCAGCCUCCCCACAUCCUAACCUGAUGCAUUAGGGAGUGGAGGGAAACACAACAGGCCUUAGAUCAGUGUCUUGGAGCAAUGCCCCCCUCCCCUCCGCCAAGUGAACUCUUUAAGAAAUAGACUGUCUUCUUCCUAUGAUGAUGGUAUUCUAAUAAUGGCCUUUUGACUGACACACACACACACACACACACACGUACGAGGGGCAGUUGGACUUCCCCCUUUUGUACUGUCUUACCUUCCUGAGUCAUGAUUGGAGUUGUCAUAUGAACGGCUGUGGAGAAACUCAGACGUGUGUCGUUGUCCUGACUAACCCAGUGGAGGAAAUGGAAGCCCAAAGAUUCUGACCAUUAUGACAUCAUCAUCGUUGUUGUUGUUGUUGUUCAUAUGAAUAUUCUGGUGGUGAUGAAUCAUUCAGAACCUGGAUUGAUAUGUGUCUUCACUAGUGGGGUGAUUUUGGUUUAUUAGGGCACUUUUUUUCCUUCAUUUUUUACCCCCAAAAAUUUAAAGUGUGUGCUGUUGCACUCCUACAAAACACAUCUACAAUGUGUGUCCAACUGAAAUGGAGAGAGAACGGAGGACAAUACAAUCUUUACAUUGUUGUUAGUGUUGGUUUAUGAUUUGGUUAGAGGAAGGUGGGCAGACAUAUAGCGUUGUCAGUAAUGGGGAAAGUGUUUUUGUUUAGAACAGCAAUGUGUGUUAUUUAUUUAUGCAGUGCAGUACACUGCCCUUUCUGCUCUGAUUGGUCGAUGCUGUGCACUGAGAACGGAAGGGGAGGGGCUUCCAGGGAGGACAAGGACAACAGAACCAGGGUAGUUGAGGAAGGGGAGGGGCUUCCAGGGAGGAGAAGGGCAACAGAACCAGGGUAGUUGAGGAAGGGGAGGGGCUUCCAGGGAGGAGAAGGGCAACAGAACCAGGGUAGUUGAGGAAGGGGAGGGGCUUCCAGGGAGGAGAAGGGCAACAGAACCAGGGUAGUUGAGGAAGGGGAGGGGCUUCCAGGGAGGAGAAGGGCAACAGAACCAGGGUAGUUGAGGAAGGGGAGGGGCUUCCAGGGAGGAGAAGGGCAACAGAACCAGGGGUAGUUGAGGAAGGGGAGGGGCUUCCAGGGAGGAGAAGGGCAACAGAACCAGGGUAGUUGAGGAAGGGGAGGGGCUUCCAGGGAGGAGAAGGGCAACAGAACCAGGGUAGUUGAGGAAGGGGAGGGGCUUCCAGGGAGGAGAAGGGCAACAGAACCAGGGUAGUUGAGGAAGGGGAGGGGCUUCCAGGGAGGAGAAGGGCAACAGAACCAGGGUAGUUGAGGAAGGGGAGGGGCUUCCAGGGAGGAGAAGGGCAACAGAACCAGGGUAGUUGAGGAAGGGGAGGGGCUUCCAGGGAGGAGAAGGGCAACAGAACCAGGGUAGUUGAGGAAGGGGAGGGGCUUCCAGGGAGGAGAAGGGCAACAGAACCAGGGUAGUUGAGGAAGGGGAGGGGCUUCCGGGGAGAAGGGCAACAGAACCAGGGUAGUUGAGGAAGUGGAGGGGCUUUCUGGGGAGGAGAAGGGCAACAGAACCAGGGUAGUUGAGGAAGAGGAGGGGCUUCCGGGGAGGAGAAGGGCAACAGAACCAGGGUAGUUGAGGAAGGGGAGGGGCUUCCGGGGAGAAGGGCAACAGAACCAGGGUAGUUGAGGAAGGGGAGGUUCUUCUCUCUUAUCACUCCUCUCUAUCACCUUUCUCUUCUUUUUCCCACUCCAUCCCCUCCUCUCUCUCUACUUUUCUGUUCACUCACUCCAUGUUUCAGAGAGAUGAAUCAGCCUCCGUUAUCUCGGCUUUCUCUCUCUCUCUCACACACACUCACACACUGAAUGCACCCCCCCCCCCCACGCAGCACAGGAGUGUGUGUGCGCUGAUAUGAAUCGAUGCUAAACGUCCGAUAAUUUGUGUUAUUGGUCAGUUACUUAGGAAGAAAUAUAUGAUAGUGGUCAAAUCUCAAAUGAAACCAUCUCCUAUCUAUCUAUUGGUUCCAAGACCAAACGUAAUUAACUCUUUAAGAAAUACUCUGGAGAAUAAAAGGGGGUCAUUUUGAGAUACAACCAACGUUGUUCACUGGUCGUUCAGAUCACAUUGACAAGGUGAGAUUAUCUGAAGUUUAGUUUUAAGGCACAUAAUAAUAAUAAUGAUGGUGAUGAUGAUGAUUGUAGUGUGGUAGUAUCACAGUUAAGGGUUUAACUCCUUGGUAAAAAAAAAGGGACAUGUGUUUUGCCUGUCGACCCACGAGUGAGAAGAUCAGUGCCUGGUUUCACUCAUUCCUUCACAACCACAAUGACUCUUCUGUUCAGUCUCCAUUCAUCCACUCUUCCUCCUGUAGGAUGCUUCUCACCCCCCCUCCCCCCUUCUCUCGGUCCACUCUUCCUCCUGUAGGAUGCUUCUCACCCCCCUCACCCUUUCUCUCGGUCCCCUCUUCCUCCUGUAGGAUGCUUCUCACCCCCUCCCCCUUUCUCUCGGUCCCUUCAUCACCUCUUCCUCAUGUAGGAUGCUUCUCACCCCCCUCCCCCUUUCUCUCAGUCCCCUCUUCCUCCUGUAGGAUGCUUCUCACCCCCUCCCCCUUUCUCUCGGUCCCUUCAUCCCCUCUUCCUCCUGUAGGAUGCUUCUCACCCCCCCUCCCCCUUUCUCUCUGUCCCCUCUUCCUCCUGUAGGAUGCUUCUCACCCCCCCUCCCCCUUUCUCUCGGUCCCCUCUUCCUCCUGUAGGAUGCUUCUCACCCCCCUCCCCCUUUCUCUCGGUCCCCUCUUCCUCCUGUAGGAUGCUUCUCACCCCCCCUCCCCCUUUCUCUCUGUCCCCUCUUCCUCCUGUAGGAUGCUUCUCACCCCCCUCCCCCUUUCUCUCUGUCCCCUCUUCCUCCUGUAGGAUGCUUCUCACCCCCCUCCCCCUUUCUCUCGGUCCCCUCUUCCUCCUGUAGGAUGCUUCUCACCCCCUCCCCCUUUCUCUCGGUCCCUUCAUCACCUCUUCCUCCUGUAGGAUGCUUCUCACCCCCCUCCCCCUUUCUCUCGGUCCCUUCAUCACCUCUUCCUCCUGUAGGAUGCUUCUCAGCCCCUCCCCUUUCUCUCGGUCCCUUCAUCACCUCUUCCUCCUGUAGGAUGCUUCUCACCCCCUCCUCCUUUCUCUCGGUCCCUUCUUAAUCCCCCCUCCCCAUUUUCCACUGUGUCCUCUGUCUACCCAGUGUCUUUAGAAGUAGUCCUUAUUAACUGCUGUCAUAAGCCCUACAUAAGGCUGUCUUAACAUGCACAAUGUCACCCUAUGUCAAGUUCAUGUCCUGGCUUCCUACUGUCCUUCACCCACACGGUGUCACGAUUCACAUUCGAUGUCAGGCUCACAGCAACCUUAAGUAGGCCUUACGACAGUCUUAUGUAGGCCUUACGACAGUCUUAUGUAGGCCUUACGACAGUCUUAUGUAGGCCUUACGACAGUCUUAUGUAGGCCUUACGACAGUCUUAUGUAGGCCUUACGACAGUCUUAUGUAGGCCUUACGACAGUCUUAUGUAGGCCUUACGACAGUCUUAUGUAGGCCUUACGACAGUCUUAUGUAGGCCUUACGACAGUCUUAUGUAGGCCUUACGACAGUCUUAUGUAGGGCCUUACGACAUCUAGUAGAUGGGGAAGGUUGUAAUUAAACCAUGUCAGCCAGGCACCUGCAGUGUCCUAAUAUGUAAGAGAUGCCUUUUUAAAACCCAGAUUUACCCUCCUUAAAGCCAUGUCACCAGUAGGUGGGUUAAUGACCUUUUAGAUCAGCGUUUAGCUGGGACAAGGUCUUCACCCUACAUGUUGAAAAUAAACCAUUCUCUCCAGUGUCCGAUGUUGUCAGCUCAGCGUUUUAAAGGCUCCGAGUUCUUGGCCGUAGCUAUGGCAACCGGGUUUGAAAAAGCUUCCGUUCUCCUGUUCUGUUUUUUUUUUGUUUCCUGGUUUUAAAGGUGUUCUACUGUCGUCAUGGCGUCCAUUGUGUCGUAGGAUUCUAAUUAUUGUUAUUGUUUCUCCUGCUUGGUACACGACUAGCAGUUACCUCAUUUGUCUCUUGAUGUAUAUUCAGAUACAAAUAUAGGACUUUCUGAAUUCAGCUUUUCAUAUUGUUAAUUUUUUUUCUCUUACCAUUUGUGUCGUUGGGUUGUUUUAUAAAAAAAAAAAAGAAGUUAUCAUUUAUUAUUAACAUGACGUUGGUAGCUUUCUUCUCCAUAAUGUAUCAUAUCUGUAACCAAAAUCAUUUUGAAGGCUUGAUAUUGCAAAUUUUUAACAAACAUUUGUACAUUUUUAAUGAGAGUUAUUAAUAGUGAGGCGUUUACUAAGUGGUGAAAUGAAUUGUUAUUUUUAAUCCCCAGUCUUUUUGGAUUUCAAAGGCUGCUUCUAUAAUAAAUGUAGAAUUACCAAA